UCUUGACCUCGGGACUCGAUUCACCACCUGACUGUGAGUGAGGAAGUUGUUCUUCCUCUGUGUCCACUGUCUACGGAACUCCCUUAUCACAUUUCUCCGCUGCAGUCGGAUCUCCUCCAUCAUGGCAGACUCCUCCAACCCCAAACCCGCGGAGGGUACAGGCUCCGCUCAGCCCGCGGCUUCGAAGAGCGCCUCCAAGCCUGCCAACCCUGCCUUCAGAAUGAUGGGCCUCCCCAACAUCAAAUUCCGCCUCCCCUCCCGCAACUGGAUGAUCUUCUGGACCAUCACCGGCUCCUUCACCGCGGCCCUGAUCUACGACCGGCGGGAGAAACGCCGCGCCCAGCAAAAAUGGUGUGACCUUGUGGCGCAUCUAUCGAAGGAGACACUCCCCGUGGAGCAGAUGCGACGAAAGAUCACCGUCUUCCUGGCGGCGCCGCCUGGGGACGGGCUGCGCGUCGCCCGCGACCACUUCAAGGAAUACGUCAAGCCGAUCCUCGUGGCCGCAUCGGUUGACUACCAGGUGAUUGAGGGCCGGCGCGAGGGCGAGGUGCGCGCGGGGCUGGCCGAGCACAUCCGCCGGAACAGACGCCGCGCGGGCGAGCCCAGCACUGUUGUCGAAGAGCCCAGCGCCGAGAGCGUCGUUUACGAGACGCGCACGCGCAUUGGCGUCACGGACGAACCCGGCCCCAAGGGUGACCUGGUAAUCGGCCGGCACACCUGGAAGGAGUACAUUCGGGGUCUGCACGAGGGCUGGCUCGGUCCUCUGGAUCCCCCUCCUCCGCCUCCCUCCGCCAGUGAAGACCACCAACCACAAGCCCCCGCAUCCGAAGAACAACCCCCCUCCCCCAGCCCCGAAGGCAGCCCAGAAUCCUCCGAGACCAAGCCCGACACCCCCUCCUCCGAAGAGAAGAAAGACGACGCCAAAGAGCAAGAGCAGAAAAAGCCUACUGGCCCAACCCCAACCUACCUCCCCACCACCGCCUACGACCUCCAACCCCUCCCGCCCACCCUUCCCUCCACUCUCGACGGCUCCGUCCCCAUCCCCUUCCCCCACCUCCUCGGCUUCCUCAACACUCCGAUCCGCCUCUACCGCUACCUCAACCGCCGCUACCUCGCCGACGAGAUCGGCCGCGACGUCGCCGCCCUCGUCCUCGCCUCCUCCAGCCGUCCCUAUUCCGAAACCACUACCACCACCACCACCACCACCUCCUCCGACCCCUCCACUACAGCUGAAACCCUCGAAACCCCCACCCCCGAACAAACCAUCGUCCUCAUCGACGCCGAACGCGACUGGCACAAAUCCGUCCACCGCACGGACGACGCCAACCCGGACAAGGAGCGCGAAUGGCUGGAUCCCAUCGUCCUGGACCCCCGUCUCGCCUCCCGCAUGCACCGCUACACCGUGAGCCCCGAGGAGGAGGCCCGCGCGACCCGUAUCGCCCACGGGGAGGAGUACAUUCUCGGGGAGGAGCGGCCGGCCCCCGUGCCUGUCUGGAAGCGUCUGUGGAUCAAGUAUGGGUAUGGCGAGGACGAGGAGACUCUGAAGCGGAGGCCGAUUUUGGGGAACUUGGAUAAUGAGGAUGGAGAGUAAACUCGUCCCCCCCCCCUUCCUUGUUGUCUUUGUCUCUUUUUGAAUCAUCAACCGCGGAAAAUAUGGGCUUUGUAAUGCACACGCAAACGGUAUAGAAGGUUAUGUGAUAGAUUUGUGUGUCAUGUGUGCGAUGAUGUGUGUGUGAGAGAGGGUGUGUGGCUGAGACAGGUUGAUGUCUGGCACAGUAUAUAGAUCUCAUUGCGGUGGAUGUCAUGAUUGUCUUGUAUUUGGUACCUUAGAGAAGAAGGGGGAGCGUUCUUGUUAAUAUGCUUGGCCCGCUCCAUCUGUCAUCCUUUGUUAUGUUUCGAUUGUUUUGUUCGCAUGGGAAAUGUCGCUACUCUGGUUGUACUUUUAUUUAGCUUCGUUUG